GGAACAAGUAUUUUCUGGGCUGGGGGUUUGUCCUUCCGGCAAGAGAAGACAGCAAAGUCAAAGGCAGGGAAUUGCAUGGGUGUUUGGUGGUGCUUAGAGGGCACUGGGACCAGUGGUAGGAGGGCAGUGGGUGGUGAGGCUGGAAAGGAAGGCAAGGGCUCGAUUGUGAGAGGCCUUCUAGGCCUCCAGCUCUGUGGCUGAAGGGAAAGGUGAAUGCUUUGUAGGCCAGAGGACAGCAUGAUCAGGUCUAGGUGGUGCAAGAUGGCUCUGAGGCAGUAUGGCCGGCAGAGCAGCAAGGCCCCACACCUGCUCUAGGGGUCGUAGCCAAGGGGUCUUGACCCCAAACUGACCGAGUCCCUGGAGCCUGAGCAUGUGGACCUCAGAUAUGCCGUGGCAGAAGGCUUCCAAACUGGGAAGGAGCCGGUAGCCAACACCCUCUAUACUUCCAGAUGGUGAGCCCAUGACUUUUACUUAAAGAAGCUUCCUGUUAUCAGUGGGUGGUCACUCGCAGGAGGCCCUGUUCAUCCUGUGCCUACAAGCCCAGCUCCAGUCAAAGAGCACGGGCAUGUUCUCCUUUCUUCCCUGAGGGUUGGCCUCUUUCUCUGUGGGCAUAGCCGCCAUGAGAACCAGCGCCCCCAUAUUUCAGCAUGAUUAAGCCUUGCCAUUUUGGGGGUGGCUGGGGGCGAGGGGAGGGGCUAUUGUGUUUCAAAAUGGAAUAAACAGAAAAGCAAUAUUAAAAGAAUGAGGAGGUUGUUUACUGAGGCUUGAAGAGAUGACAGGUGUUUCCUCCCAGUUGAGAACCAGUGACCCCAGGGAAUCGCAUUUCCCGCUGAGCAGGCGCCCAUGGCGGGCUGAGUCCUGCCCAUGCCCUGGUGGCCUGGAAGCCUGCAUGGGCGCCGUGCAAAGACCAACGUUUUCCAGAGGAGCUUUUGGGCUCAUCACUGGCCUGGGGAGGGCUUGACACGGGGUUCCCACAUCUUGCCCCACACCACCUUCACACCCACACACAGCAGGUCCCCGCGGGGCCGGUGCAGGCCGUGGCUGCCCGAGCUGCGCUGUUGCUCUGUCCCAGCUGGCUGGCUCCGGGUGUGGAGCACUCUGGGCCGGGGCCGCUGGGGCGCGCACAGUGGGGUGACAGGCGGCCUGGCUGCAGAAACGUUGCACCGGUGCCUGAGGUGGGAGGAUGUGAUGACGCGGCCCACGCAGCGGGAACCCGGGCCUUUAAAAAGCCCAGGAAACAGCCUCAGCGCAAGCGGUGGCUCCACUGGAGGAAAACACACCCCGGUCUCACAUUAAAGAAGCCAAACUGUCGGCUUCAAAGAGAAAAGGCAACAUCCUGUCACAGGCCAUGCUCUGGCAAAAACCCACACCCCCGGAGCAAGCCCCAGCCCCGGCCCGGCCAUACCAGGGCGUCCGUGUGAAGGAGCCAGUGAAGGAACUGCUGAGGAGGAAGCGAGGCCACUCCAGCAGCGGGGCAGCACCUGCACCUACGGCGGUGGUGCUGCCCCAUCAGCCCCUGGCGACAUACACCACAGUGGGUCCUUCCUGCCUGGACAUGGAAGGCUCUGUGUCUGCAGUGACAGAGGAGGGUGCCCUGUGUGCCGGCUGGCUCUCCCAGCCCACCCCAGCCACCCUCCAGCCCCUGGCCCCAUGGACACCUUACACCGAGUAUGUGCCCCACGAAGCUGUCAGCUGCCCCUACUCAGCUGACAUGUAUGUGCAGCCCGUGUGCCCCAGCUACACGGUGGUGGGGCCCUCUUCAGUGUUGACCUAUGCCUCUCCACCACUCAUCACCAACGUCACGACAAGAAGCUCCGCCACGCCCGCAGUGGGGCCCCCGCUGGAGGGCCCAGAGCACCAGGCACCCCUCACCUAUUUCCCGUGGCCUCAGCCCCUUUCCACACUACCCACCUCCACCCUGCAGUACCAGCCUCCGGCCCCAGCCCUACCUGGGCCCCAGUUUGUCCAGCUCCCCAUCUCUAUCCCAGAGCCAGUCCUUCAGGACAUGGAAGACCCCAGGAGAGCCGCCAGCUCAUUGACCAUCGACAAGCUGCUUUUGGAGGAAGAGGAUAGCGACGCCUACGCUCUCAACCACACUCUCUCUGUGGAAGGCUUUUAGGGGUGGCUCCCACCUGAGUCCUGUUCCCUGAAACUGGGAUUUUAAAAUGAGCCUGGAAUUGAGCCCCAAGUUCAUGCUUGUUUGGAGUAGUCAUUUCAUAACUACACUUUCUAUGCACAGCUAGAAUUGUAGACCUGUAAACCUUCCUUCCCUUCUUCCUUCCCCUCCCUCCCUCACUUCCCCCCUCUCCCCCCCUUCCCUUCUUCCCCUCCCUCCCUUCUUCCUUUCCAACUCCUUCCUUCCUUUUCCUCCCUCCCUUCCUUCCCUCCUUCCCUUCUCCCUUUCCUUCUUUCCCUCUAUCCCUCCCUCGCUUCUUCUCUCUUCUUUUUUCAAUUCUGUUCCAUUUUGGGAGGUAAUUAUAGGGAUUUUAGCAAUAACAUUUUAUGUCAAAUGUUGCCAAGUCCGUGGUCCAUGGGCUUUCAUUUCUGUCACAUUUCAUUUCUUGGAAAAGGCCUCCUUUCUCCAGUGCCUGCUGAACCGUCUUAGGGUAACUCACACCCUCUGUCAUUUUAAGAUGUAUGUGGUGGCCGGCGGGAAGACCAGCCCUGACAGCACCUCCUGAGAAAGGCAGCCAAGGGCCUACCCUGAUGCCAGAGUCCUUGAGCUGUCAGUUCCCACAGUUGCUCCUUUGUUUGCUCUUCUCAGCAUCGGCCAGAUUUACAGUCCGGGCAGCAAAAUCUCAAGGCCUGGGGCUCAGAGUAGUAAGGGGUGGGGAGUGGGUGGCAGGGAGAAAAGAACAUCAGGGUGGGUGGGGACAGGCCAGUGACGAAGAGAGGGACAGAGGAGGGAUGGGAACAGGCUGUGCAUCUUAGUUGGAGAGAGGGGUGUGGGAGGAAGCUUGAGUUUGAUGUGGGGAGGAGGAAGGCUGAGGAAUGACUUGGCUCCAGAUUACUUGGUUAUUAAGAAUAAUAAUAAACUGAAAGAAAGCAUUGCUAGAAGAGGUGGUUUUGCUGCUCUCCUUGAGGAUACGUGCAAGGGAAGUUGGGCUGUUGUAAACAGGGUGAAGGGUGUGUUUGGCCAUUUCUGUCUCACGUCUUGGCCCUCUGCUGGUGCUGUGGAGGCCAAGACCCCAUUAAGCCUAAAGGUGACGGGUCCUUGCCUACGCUUAGUGCUACCAUGUGGGUUUCGUUUCUUUCCUUCCUUCCUUCCUUCCUUCCUUCUUCUCUUUUUCUCUUUCUUUCUUUCUUUUUUUUUUUUUUAUUGGGACAGAGUCUCACUCCAUUGCCCAGGCUGGAGUGCAGUGGUGCAAUCUUGGCUCAUUGCACCUCUGUCUCCCAAGUUCAAGUGAUUCUCCUGCCUCAGCCUCCCGAGUAGCUGGGAUUACAGGUGCAUGCCACCAUGCCCGGCUAAUUUUUGUAUUUUUAGUAGAGACGGGGUUUCACCAUGUUGACCAGGCUGGUCUCGAACUCCUGACCUCGUGAUCCACCCGCCUCGGCCUCUCAGAGUGCUGGGGUUACAGGCGUGAGUCACUGCACCCAGCCUUUUACCAUGUGGGCUUCUUUAGUGUCUUAAAAGCAUCCAUAAGCCACCAUUCUGUGGAGCCAAGGCCCCCUCCACCCAAACACCCUCCCUCCUGGGGACUUCCGGAGCCUCAGCCAGAAGUACCAUUAGGUUUAAUUUUAAUUUGUUUUGCUGGAGAAACAUCAGGUUUGUACGAGACUGAGUUGUUAGCAGGUGUGCUUAGCUCUUGAUAGCGAACGUGUACCUUGGGAACUGGCUCAUCCACCUGCUAAUAGCACCAUCGUCACUAUUAAGCAGAUAUUUCAGUUGGUAGAAUCCAUGUAGAAGUCAUGGACUUUUCUGGGAAAUGCCUUUUCUGGGAAAUGACAGUUUCUUUGACAUAUUUUCUUUGCCCACUUUAAAUAAAAACUCUGGAGAAA